UUUGUGAAUUAAUGCUAUUUGCCAUCUUCAGAGAGGAUGCGGCCCCUCCUCCUCCUCCUCCUCCUCCACCACCCAUCAUCAUCAACAAGUACUCGGAUGAGCAGCUCAGAGCCAUCGGCCGACGCAUGAGAGAGAGGAGGGAGCUCUACAAGGAGAAAGUGGUGGAUCCGUACGCGUCUUCCCCCGAGAUCAGCCCUCCUGUCACACCUCUGCUACGCAGAGACAACUACACAAAGGUCGUCGAGGAGAGGAAGAGGCAGGCAGAGGAGGAGCGGAUAAAGAAGGAGGAGGCCGAGCAGAAGAAGAAAGAGGAGCAGGAGAAGAAGAAGAGGGAGAACGAGCAGAAGAAGAAGGAGGACGAGGAGAAGAAGAAGAUGGAGGAGGAGGAGAAAAGGAAAGCAGAAGAGAAAGUCCACCUGGACGUGAAGACGAGGAUUAUUAAAGCUGCCUGGUUUUCUGUGGACAUGGUGCUGAAGCCAAUCGAGGACAGCGUGGACUCUUUGCUGGGGCAGACCAUCGACCCUUUCACUGACCGACGCUACAUCGCCUGGCUGAGCUUGGUCACUCUGGCGUUCAACUACAACACCUGGUUCAUGACGGCGCGCCUGUGUUUCCCGUACCACACCGCCAACGCCAUCCCAUACUGGUUCAUAGUGGACCUGCUCGCUGACCUCGUCUACCUCAUCGACUCCAUCAUCUUCCAGGCCCGCAAACAGUUUGUCAAAGGAGGAGACAUCAUAAAAGACAGAGUGAUGACAAAGAGCAACUACAGGGAUUCCCAGAGAUUUAAGAUUGACAUGAUGUCACUCAUUCCUUUUGACCUGCUCUACUUGCAAUUUGGAUUCAAAUCCAUUUUCAGAUUCAAUCGUCUGCUGAAGGCUGAUACAUUUUUUGAGUUCAGCGAUCGUCUGGAGAGCAUCAUGGCCAAAGCCUACAUCUGGAGAGUGAUUCGCACCAUCGGUUAUCUCCUCUUCAUGCUCCACAUCAACGCCUGCCUCUACUACGUGGCUUCAGAGUAUCAGGGCAUCGGCAAAACCAAGUGGGUCUACUCAGGCCGUGGCAGCGCGUACCUGCGGUGUUACUACCACGCCGUCCGCAGUCUGAUCAACAUCGGGGGUCUUAGCGAACCCCACACCGUCUUCGAGAUUUCCUUUCAGAUGACUAACUUUUUCACGGGCGUCUUUGUGUUCUCCAGUCUGAUCGGACAGAUGAGAGACGUCAUCGGUGCAGCCACAGCAGGACAGACGUACUUCAGAGCUUCUAUGGACAGCACGGUGUCCUACAUGGUGACCAACCGCAUCCCCUCUCUGGUGCAGAACAGAGUCCGCACCUGGUACACGUACACCUGGGACGCUCAGGGCAUGCUGGACGAGUCGGACCUGCUGGACAAGAUGCCUCUGGUGAUGAAAACCGCCAUCGCCGUGGACAUCAAUCUAGCGACCUUCCAGAAGAUUGAUCUCUUCAAGGGUUGUGACCAGCAGAUGUUGGUGGACAUGCUUCUGAGGCUCAAGUCCAUCAUCUAUCUACCUGGAGACUUUGUCGUCAAAAAAGGCGACAUCGGUAAAGAGAUGUACGUCAUCAAAAGUGGAGCGGUGCAGGUGGUGGGAGGACCUGACAACAGCAUCGUGUUUGUCACACUGAAGGCUGGAUGUGUGUUUGGAGAAAUCAGCCUGUUGCAGUCGUCCAAAGAUGGAGGAAACAGACGCACAGCUAAUGUCAAAGCAUACGGCUUCGCCAACCUCUUUGUCCUGGAGAAGAAGGACCUGUUUGACAUCCUCGUCCACUACCCCGAGUCUCAGAAAGUGCUGGCCAGGAAGGGAAGGAAACUUAUGAAGGCCAAGGGUCCGGCAGCAGCGAAGGCAGAGGAGGACAAGAAGAAAGGUCUGGCUCUGUUUGGACCCAAACCAGCGACGCCCAAACUGUUACGCGCUUUUGGAGGAACGCUGAACAGAAAUGUCAUCGACAGAUUAAAGAGUGCUGCUGGUGGCCAGUGAAAACGCACCCAUUUCAUCUCCUUAUUUGCUCCUUUUUGGGAGUGUACAGCUUCAUUUUCAUCAUGACAUCUCUUUGCUCUUUGCACCAAGUGUUUUUUUUGGCAUAUUGUUUAAGACGAUUGCUCCUGUCAUUGCUUAUAAUCCUUUAAAUUCACACAAAAUACGACGGAACUGUGUGUAAAUAAACUGAUUGUUAAAACUACCUUUUAACACAUGUUUUGAAUCAGUUGUUCCCCUUGUUAAUACUGCUGCUUAUUAUAUAUUAUUUUAUCAUAUCUGCUUUUAUUGGCUUUAUUCAAUGUUCAGUGAAAUCUCGGACUGUAUCUGCUUAAAUAAAUGAUUGUCAACAGA